AUGGAAAAACUCCUCAACUGGUCAUGUAUUAUCCUGGAGGAUUUUCUCAGCUCUUUUAAUGAUGGCGACUAUAAGGUAUUCUCGGAGCUGUGGGCUAAAACCAUUCCUCCGGAGAUUCGGGAUUUUGAUCCAGUAGCUCAGAAACUGGAAUUCCACUUACAAAUUCAUUUUACAAUAUACCCACUGAAAUCACCGGUAGGAAGUCACGAUAAAGGAGAGUUUGACAGCAGGAUCACACAUUUCAAGCACUAUCUGGAGACCAGAGGGGCGGCACUGAGCCAGACCACCGAGUUCCUGCCGUUCUACGCUCUGCCGUUUGUGCCCAAUCCCACGGUACACCCGUCCUUCCAGGAGCUUUUCCAGGAUUCCUGGAUGCCAGAGUUGAGAGAAAGCCUGGAGAAGUUUCUCUCAGUGACUCUGAAAGCUUCAAACACGCCGAGGCUUCUGACUUUAUAUAACGAAGGUGGAAAGGGCAACAAAGAAGCGAUUCAGCAAAUGCAGCUCCAUCUGACCGAGGCGGAAAGGAAGUCGGCCAUCCACAUGAGGAGAUUCGCUAAGCUGCAGGCCGACCAUCACAGCCUCAUCGGCGUCACAGCCGAGCUGGUGGAUUCGCUGGAGGCCACAGUCCGCGGAAAGAUGAUCUCCCCAGAGUACCUGCAGGGUGUGUGCAUGCGGCUCUUCAGCGGUCACAUGAGACAGAGUGCAGCUCAGAGCGUGGACUUCACCAGACCUGGCACUGGAUAUUACUCUAUGAGUCCUUAUGAUGAUGGAUAUGUAAGUUGCUGAAUGUUUCAUCAUAUUUCUCCCUGCCUCCCUGGUCUUGCCUGUAUGACCGUGAGCCCUGCCUGUCCUCUUUCUCCUUUGUAUUUCGUCCCGAAGCCCUCUACUUCAUCUAGUUCCCAUUAAAUUGCCCUAGUGUCACGGGACGAACGUCCUUGUUCAGUCUU